AUGUCUUCGUCCACGCUUCAUAUCACCCCCAGCGUCGCCCGCAUUGAGUUCGGGCACCUAUUGAACCGUGCCGCCAUCAAAUGCGUCGACGUCCUCACUGAAGAUUUGGCGGCUCUCGGCGAGCUUGUCCGCCAAGUUCAAAAUGAAUCAGUGGCAUUUGCUCACACAUCCUCUCAGGUCAUUGUUGCUCUUGCAACACUUCAAUCCUCUGUCCAAGACCUCUCGCGCGCAUACAUCCAACAUGCCAACACCGUCCUCACACCUGGCAAACAUGGCCUUAACCCCAUUGACGCCAACCUAACCAGUAUCCUUACCGAGUCUGGUCUCUUGAGCGCUAGGCCCGCCGAUGCUGCCCCAGCUGCUGCACCGGAACCAGAUGUCGAUGGGAAGAAGAAGCGCAAGAGGACACCGCAUGAUCCUAACGCACCGAAGCGUGCUCUCACGCCGUAUUUCCUCUACAUGCAAAGUGCUCGUGCCACUAUUGCCAAGGAAUUGGGCGACUCAGCGAAACCGAAAGAGGUUGCAGAUGAGGGAACUCGCCGAUGGACUGAGAUGAGCCCUGCUGAGAAGAGCAUUUGGGACGACAAGUACCAGAAGAACCUGGCCGCGUACCGCGUCAAGAUGGCAGCGUACAAAGCCGGUCAGCCUGUUCCUGACGACGAGACUGCAGCGCGCCUGGUGGAAAUGGGUAAAGCUCCCGAGCACGUCGCCGGCCUGGAUGCUGAGGCAGAGACGGAAGAAGAGCCAGUUGAGGAAGAAGAAGAAGAGGAAGAGGCCCCGGCCCCGGAACCCACACCUCCCAAAUCAAAGAGACGCAAGACCAAAGAUGUCGAGCCCACUCCCAGCAAAGCAACUCCCAAGGCCGAAGCCAAAUCUCCAGAGAAGGACAGGAAGUCUAAGAAGAGCAGGAGGGAAGCUGCCACUGCUGCUCCAACCAAAGUCGAGAAGUCCAAAAAGUCUAAGAAAUGA